AUGUCUCCUAUCGCCCUUUUUGCCGUAACAGGCUGCAGCGUAACAUUCAUGUUUUGCUCCAGAUCAUUCCGUCCUUCCAGCGACCAGGGAAGGGAAAUGGAUGCAGUGGAGCCGGUUGAGGGGCCAGUGACCUUCGAGGAGGUGGCUGUGUAUUUCACCAAGGAAGAGUGGGCUCUGCUGGACCCCGCUCAGAGGGCCCUCUACAGAGAUGUUAUGCAGGAGAACUAUGAGAAUGUGACCUCGCUGGAAAUGAAAAAUGCCUUAUUAUCGGUGGAUGCCUUAUUAUCGGGGAGGUCUUAUUAUCGGGGGGAUGCCUUAUAUUACAACGAGAGGCAAAACUGGUUUCCAGUUUCCAAACCUGAUGUCAUCUCCCAGCUAGAACGAGGGGAAGAGUUGUGGGCCUCAGAUCUCCAGGGCUCAGAGGAAAGAGAGAUCCUGAGAGGCAUCUGCACAGCAGGUGAUGGGAUGCUGAGUGAGACCAUGAAGCAGAAAGAUGGUGAGCAAGUGGAACCACCUGGGGCGUUAUUGCAAAGAUGCAAAGGGAGUGUGACCAGGAGUUGUGAGCAGGGAAAGGCCUAUGAGAGUCAGCACAUUCCAGAGAAAUGGCAGGGAAACCAGCCAGUGCAGAAAUUUGGUAAAUCUCUUAAUUAUCAGGGAACUCAGAAGGGCCUCAAGGAAACCACAGACCAGCAGAGAAUCCCCACGGGAGAGAGAAACACGUGCACUGAGUGUGGGGAAAAGUUCAGUAGGCACUCAGGCCUUAUUAGCCAUCAGAGAAUCCAUACUCGAGAGCAACCCUAUGACUGCUGUGAGUGCGGGAAAAUCUUCACUCAGAGCUCAACCCUUAUUAAACAUCACAAAGUCCACACAGGGGAGAAACCCUAUGAAUGCUGUGAGUGCGGGAAAACUUUCACUCGGAGCUCAAACCUCAGUGCACAUCAGAGAAUCCACACAGGGGAGAAACCCUAUAAAUGCUGUGAAUGUGGGAAAACAUUCACUCUUAGCUCAACCCUCAUUGCACAUCAGAGAAUCCAUACAAGGGAGAAACCCUAUGAAUGCUGUGAGUGUGGGAAAACCUUCACUCAGCGCUCAAACCUUAUUACACAUAAGAGGAUUCACACAGGGGAGAAACCCUAUGAAUGCUGUGAGUGCGGGAAAACCUUCACUCAGCGCUCAAACCUUAUUACACAUAAGAGGAUCCACACAGGGGAGAAACCCUAUGCAUGUUGUGAAUGCAAGAAAACCUUCACUCAAAGGGCAUCUCUUAUUAGCCAUCAGAGAACCCAUACAGGGGAGAAACCCUAUGAAUGCUGGGAGUGCGGGAAAACCUUCAUUGUGAUCUCAAAUCUUAUUAAACAUCAGAAGAACCACACAGGGGAGAAACCCUACGAAUGCUGGGAGUGCGGGAAAACCUUCGCUUGGAGCUCAAACCUUAGUUCACAUCAGAGAAUCCAUACAGAAGAGAAACCGUAUAAAUGCAGUGAAUGCGGGAAAACCUUCACUCAGAUCUCCCACCUUAUUACACAUCAGAGAACCCAUACAGGGGAGAAACCCUAUGAAUGCCAUGAGUGCGGGAAAACCUUCACUCGGAGUUCAAUCCUUAUUAUACAUCACAGAAUCCAUACAGGGGAGAAACCCUACGAGUGCUGUGAGUGCGGGAAAACCUUCACUCAGAGCUCAACCCUUAUUACACAUCAGAGAAUCCACACAAGAAAGAAACCCUAUGAAUGAUGUGAGUGCAGGAAAACCUUCACUGAGAGCUUAAACCUUAAUACACAUUAGAAAAUUCACCAAGGGGAGCGCCCAAAGGAAUGCUGUGAGUCCAGGAAAACCUUUGCUCAUGGCUCACACCUUAAUGGACAUCGAAGGAUCCACAAAGGAGAGAUCCUAUGAAUUCUCUGAGGGUGGGAAAUUCUGUCAGAGUUCAGCCCUUAUUUAUUAUCAGAAAAGCUGCAAGGGAGAUAAAUACCAUAAAAAUCUUGUUUAGAGAUGAGAAAAGAUUUUGUUUUCCUUUUGCUAAUUCCCACAUAAUGAACUUCAAGGCAGCAUUUGUGUCAUGGUUGUCUCUCAGCUCCCCCAGCUGAGUUGUCUGCUUUUCCCUUUUGCACUCACCCUUCCUUGGGCUGAAUCCCACAAUUUUUUCUUUUUCACCAACUCCUUUGUCCUAGGUCAUGGGAAAUGUGUGUCCCUCCAACAGGAAUGUCCAUCAGCUCCAGAUGGGGGAACUGGGAAUCACUUCAACUGGGUACAUGGAAG